AUGAGAAAAAUUAGGCAAGGAGAAGAAAAAAGGUGGAGGGGAAAAGCAGAAGGAGAAGAGAAGGAGAAAAAGGAGAGAAAGAGAAUAAGAUAAAAUGACCAAAGAAAACAGGAGGAAGAAAAGAAAAAGGAGGAGAAAAAGCGAGAAGGAGGAAUAAAAGAAAAGAAAAUGAGCAGAAGGAGAAGAGAAGGAGAAAUAGACAAGGAAGAGAAAAAAGGAAACAGGAGAGAAAUAAAGUGGGAGAAGAGUAGAGAAAGGGGAAGCAGUAGAGAAGGAGAAGAAGAGGAGGAGGUGCAGGAGAAAAAGGAGGAGCAGAAAACAAAACAGAAGGAGAAGAAAAAAUGGCAAAAAGAGGAGAAGAAAAAAGAUGGAAAGAACACGAGGGAGAAGGAGAAAAGAAAAGAGGAAAAGGAGAAAAAAACAGAAGAAGGAGUAGAGGAAGAGGAGGAGAAUUGGAGGGGACAAAAGAAAAAGGAGGAGGUGAAAAAAGGAGAAGAAAUAGAAGAGAGGAUAUCAGAGAUUGAAGAUCAUCUCAAUGAAAUAAAGCAAGAAGACAAGAUUAGAGAAAAAAAGUAA